AUGGCACCAACGUCAGACUCCACCGAUAUAUUACCCUCACAAAAUAUAUAUGAUGAAUUCAAUAAAGAUGGAAGGACGUGUAACGGGGGGAGCGGGGUGCAGGGAUGUUCAGGAUGGGAGAGGGAAGAGGACGUAAGGAGUACUUUAGGGAAUAACAUAUAUUUGAAAGCUGCCAAGUUGGCCAAUAAAGUUAUGAGGAAUUGGUGUUAUGUACACAAUGACAUGAAAGCGGAUCCUACAUUGACUAAGGAACAGCGCUGUAAUUUCUUCUAUUUUUGGUUAGGUGAUAAAAUAAAGAAUGAAAAUUUUACAGGGGGAAUCACAUUGAUGAAUGCUAUGGUUAAUAUUUACACACAACUGCAUAGAUUCAAAUGUAAGGAAGAUUGCCCCAAAGUAUACUAUGAUAUAAGUAGCGUAAACAUCUUCAAUUGGGCCAAAGAUUUAUGGGAUUUUGAGUACAACAAAGAAAAAUUGAGGGGAAAGGAGAAGGAUCAAGAAUGUAGUACAUAUAAGCAGGGUCAGAAUUAUCAGGAACUCCUAACUAAAGCUAAAAAGGCAUAUUCAGACUUAUGCAGUAACUGUGGAAGUGUGGGGGGUCAAUAUUGUGGAAAAUUUAGGGUGAAAUACGGGGAUAGUAGUAAUAAUAAUAAAUGUAAAAAGGAUUGGCCACCUACUGGACUGGAACCACUAACAUGCCAUUCUGAAAUAGAAAAAGUAGAGCAAGAAGAAGAAGUGCCCGAGGGAGUGCCUGAUUUAACGGGAGAGAGGGAUUUGGGGAAGUUGCCCUCACAGGUACUGUAUAAAAAGUUCGAGAAUAAAGAAGGGCUGGAUAAGUGUAAUGGAGGCACGGUGCAGAACUUGAAGCCUCAGCUGGACCAGGAGCUGGGGGGCUAUGAAAUUGGUCAGGUGGAUGUGAAUACCAUUAUAGCACCAUGGUGCUAUGUAACUAAGAAGAUGACGGACGAGGUGGAUCAAUUAUAUAGGGAACGUUUUAAUUUUUUCUAUCUAUGGGUUGGAUACGAACUCCUUGAGCGUUCAACAAAGAGUGUUUCAUUUGGACCCCUUAUGAGACAAAUUUAUCAGAAACUGAAGACAAUGGGUGAUGGUCAGGAAUGUGAUCAAUUGUGCGACGGCUUAUACCUGAAUAAGGAGGAGGGGGGUGAGAAGAACACUUUCGAACACAUAAAAACAUUAGCUGAAUAUUUCGCGGAUUAUGCCACUUUGAAUAGCUACUUAGGUAAUAAUGGUAAUAAGAAGUGUGAUGCAACAUAUUACGGACACUUAAAGCAAAUUGAAGAAGCAUGUAAAACUAUAAAGGAAGGUUGCAGGAAGGAAAACGGGGCACAUAAGAGUGAAGAAUAUUGUAAGUGGUUUAAUGAACAUCAACAUAAGAGUUACUGUGACAAUGGGGCACUAUCAAAAUUGAAAUGCACAAAAGUCAAGCCACCAAAUCCAAAUCCAAACCAAGCAGGAAGUAGUGGUUCCCUUUCCGAUGGCGUAGGAGAACAGCAUAGUGGUGUUUCUGGUGGUUCGGAUGGAGGUGGUAGUCAUCGAAAAGAAGGAGAAGAAACUGAUAACAGCGUCCUUGGUGCUGUUGGUGGUGGAUUAGUUUCUGUAGCAUUACCAACCAUCGGUUUCUUUUUAUACAAAUAUACUGAUGUAUUUGAUGGAAUAAAAAAAUCCCUCUUUGGUGGCAGUAAUAAUACAGGAGGAAGGAAUAGGGGAAGAGGAAGAAGAUCUACCGUUCGACACACUGAUCAUUUUAAUGGUUUUGAUUCUUCUACAAUGGGAGAUGAUUCUUCCACCCUAGGUGGUGGUGGUGGUGGAUCAUCCACCUUAGGUGGUAGCUCCACCGAUAUUUCUACCAUCUAUAAUGAUGAUGAACCACCUCGUCGACCAUCAUCACCACCAUCUAGGAAACCAUACCAUACACGACAGAAUCGAAAUAUACGUUAUCAAAACAUGUAG